GACCUUCUGAUGUCAUCAGAAAGCGUCCAGUGGUAAGCGCUUGGAGUUGGACGCCAUUAAAUCUAUUUUUCAUUCUUUUAGAGGAAAAGGGUUCAUUAUGGCUGUGGAAUCUAGAGUUACGCAAGAAGAAAUCAAGAAAGAACCAGAGAAGCCGGUUGACAGAGAAAAGACCUGCCCGCUGCUGCUCAGAGUUUUCACGACGAAUAAUGGACGACACCAUCGAAUGGAUGAGUUUGCCCGGGGAAAUGUGCCAUCAAGCGAGCUUCAGAUUUACACUUGGAUGGAUGCCACCCUUAAAGAACUUACCAGCCUGGUGAAAGAGGUUUAUCCUGAGGCUCGAAAGAAAGGCACACAUUUCGCCUUUGCCAUUGUAUUCCCAGAUCCAAAACGGCAGGUAUACAGAGUUAAGGAGAUCGGUAACACAGUGUCUGGUAGGAAGGGGGCAGAUGAUUCCAUGACUCUGCAGUCUCAGCGCUUUCAGAUUGGAGAUUACCUGGAUAUAGCCAUCACACCUCCGAACCGUGCUCCUCCUCUGCAAGGGCGCAUGAGACCCUACUGAUCAUCUUCGCGUGAAUCUGCUUAUAGCCUUGUUUUUGUUGCAUAUUUUUUGUUUUAUGAUUUCUAUUCAUUGGUACCUGAUUUACUCCUGAACUUAUGUUCAUACCUUCAUAUACAAUGUAUAUUGUUCUGCUGAAUAAACUUUUUUUUUUCUACUAAA